AGUGCAGGCCCGAUAAGUUUAGGCAAAUGAAAGUCUUGUUUUUGUUUAAGUGAAGCUACAAUUGUGUUGCUUCCGUUGGCCGUAUCCAGCUGUGGGAAAGGAGCUUCAGACUCAAAAUAGAUCAUCAUGGGCCCAACACCGCCGCUGCCUGCCACCAAUAGCAUUAGCCAACAGCAGACGACAACCGCUCCACCGCCACCGCCAACGGGGCAGAUCAUAGCGCCAUCGGGAGCCUUUCCAGGCUCCCUGACUCCCGGCUGGAAUGACCCGCCACCCAUUUCGGCGGAUUCCAUGAGCUGCAACUCGAACAAUCGUCGUCCACGCCUCGAUCUUCGCAAGCGUGUGGCCCACCCACUGGACGGCAACUCCUCUAGUGUCCAGCUGGGUCAGCCACAACCACCAAUACCUACAGCACCAGAGGCAUUCGCGCCGCGUCCCGUGGCCAUGGUAACACCGCAUCGCCAGAUUCCCUAUCCGGAUCCCAACAACCCGCCGGCCGGAGGAACGGAUGCGGGCGGAUUCGGAGCGGGACCGAAUACCAAUGCCGUGCGCCUGCCACCAUUGGCCCAGAGCAUCAGCAUCGAUCCAUCCAGGGUGCCGGUGGCCAUGGUACCUCCAAGACAGAAAUAGCAUGUAGUUAUCGCCAAUUCAGGGCCUAGGCUAAGGAACCCGAAAUUUAUGUGUUCUCUGGCGGGCUGGAAAAUCCAUUAUUUUUCUAUGUAAACCAUUUAAGACACCUCACGAAAUACAAUCGGAAAUGCAAA